AUGAGCGAUACAGCACUAUGGCAUAUUUAUACUCCGUACACUGGCUCCAGCAACCCGUCCAUUCCGGCAACCCUGUUAUUUGCUGCUGGGAUAGAGCGCCAAGAUAGCGCCUUAAGAAAUAAAUCCUAUGUCGGAGCGGGUGAAGCGCUGUAUAUAGGAACAGAUGGCAGGGGUAAGAAGUCUGGCAUAAUUCGUGGGUUGUGGCGUAAUUUGUGGGUUGCGUGUGAAUAUGGAGUAGGGUACAUGGCCAAGCAGGCCGGCUCUAAGCUGUCACGGAACCUCUUCCCCUGGAACGCACAAUCUUACUGGCGGAGCGGCUUAGGACUACAGGCUGGUGUACUGAACAGGGAGUUAAAUAAAUAA